UGGGGGCUGACCGGUGGAACGCAAGAAGGCCUCCAGGGGGCGGAGACGGGGGCACGUGGUACACGGUGGCAGUCUGGACUCCUGGCGGGAACUGGAAAGCCGAUGUUCUCGGUGAUCGGGAAGUACUGGAGGUUGUAGCUGAUCAGGAUGGCUGAGAGACCGGAGGAUCUCAAUUUACCCAACGCCGUUGUCACCCGGAUUAUUAAAGACGCGUUACCAGAGGGUGUAAAUGUGUCCAAAGAAGCGCGCAGUGCGAUCUCACGGGCAGCCAGUGUCUUUGUUCUUUAUGCAACAUCCUGCGCUAACAAUUUUGCAAUGAAACAGAAGAGGAAAACCCUGAAUGUGUCUGAUGUGAUAUCAGCCAUGGAGGAGAUGGAGUUCCAGCGUUUCCUGGGUCCCCUGAAAGAGGCUCUAGAGGCUUACAGAAAAGAACAGAAGGAAAAGAAAGAAUCCUCAGACCUGAAGAAAAAGGACAAAGAUAAGAAAGUAGACGGUGAGGAGGACAAAAGCCGAGAGGAUGAGAAUGAAGAUGAGGAGGAAAUAAUGGAAGAGGAUGAAGUGAUAGAAGAUGAAGAAGUGGAUAACUGACCAAUCUUCUGUAUAGGAUUCUGGUGUCAGUUUUGUGGCACUUUGUGUGGAUGGAUUGUUUGGUCUUCAUGACUAU